AUGUGCAAGCCAAAAAGUGAGGGAGGUUUAGGUUUCAAAGAUUUGUACGCCUUUAAUCUUGCUUUGCUUACUAAGCAAGGUUGGCGCAUUAUAAAACAACCACAGUCUUUGCUAACCCAAGUUUUUAAGGCUCGAUAUUUCCAAGAAUUGGAUUUUCUACAUGCCCUAGUAAAGUCCAAUUCCUCCUAUUAUUGGAAGAACAUUGUAGCAGCUAGGGUUCUGAUCUACCGAAGAGCUAGACGAUGUGUAGCUGACGGUUUGAAGAUAAAAAUCUGGGGGGAUUCUUGGUUGCUAAGAGAGAACUAUGCCAAGGUGUUGAGUCCGGUUUCCCUUGGAGUUCACCUUAAUCUUACUGUUCGAUCUUUGAUGUUGGAGGCGGAUCACAUGAGAUGGAAUAUGCAGGUGGUUUCUCGAAUGUUCUUCCCUGAAGAGGUCAAUCUUAUUUUAAGUAUUCCUUUGAGUUUCUUUAAUUUGCCUGAUGAGUUGAUUUGGAUCAAAGAGCCUAAAGGAGUAUUCAUGACUAAGAGUGCAUAUUUUGUAGCUCGGACUUGUAAUGACAUCUGCAUGGAUGUUCCCGUGGGUUUUAAGAUGCCGGCAGAGAUCAAAUUCCUAUGGAAGGCACUUUGGUGUGCUAAGGUAUCGGGGAAGAUAAAAAUUUGCAUAUGGAGGGGUUGCUUAAAUGCUCUGCCGACUACAGUAAACUUGAAGUUGAAGAAGGUUGUACUGGAUGGCUGUUGUAUUAUUUGUGGGACUGUCCCUGAAACGAUCAAGCAUAUUAUGCUGCAGUGCCCCCAUGCUAGAGCAACAUGGUUUGCUAGUCUGUUGGGUUUACAUCAUAUGCAACAAGGAGAUGUGGGGUUGCAAGAUUGGGUGGCACGAAUGGCUUAUGAUGUCUAG